AUGGCGGAUGAUCUGCGGCCCCAGUUAGGCUGCUAUGGGGACCAGACCGUUCAGUCGCCUCAUAUCGAUCGCUUUUCCAAACGUGCGCUCCGCUUCGAGCAUGCCUACGUGCAAAGUGCUGUUUGUAGCCCUUCUCGAAAUUCGAUGCUGAGUGGCUUAAGACCGAACACGACUGGACUGCGUGGUUUUGGAGUCAAAGUGCGUGACGCCAUCCCUGACAUCAUUACGCUUCCCCAACAUUUCAAGAAUCAUGGGUAUGAGUCGAGAGCAUUUGGCAAGAUUUUUCACAUCUAUGAUGAAUCAAUGCUCGGAGACGAGGAUGAUCCGCAGUCUUGGAGUGUUCCAACACGUUGGCCGGAAGUCCCUGUUUGGGGACCAGAACAAAACGGACUUCGCAAUCGCCUGAUCGAACAGGCAAAGCUCGCUGGCAAAAAGUUCAAACAUCCGCACGAUUGGCCCCGAGCAGAAACAUGGGACGACAGCGACAUUCCCGAUGAUUUCAUGCAAGAUGGGGACACAGCUGCCGCUGUUGAAAAGUACCUCGCUUCGCGACGUAAUCAAUCAGAGCCCUUCUUUCUGGCGGUUGGCUUCUUAAGACCACACUUGCCUUUCAAUGCUCCUAAGAAGUAUUGGGACCUCUACGAUCCCGAUCGUCUCUCUUUGCCGACAUUCCGGCAAUUGCCUGAGCAUGUUCCCAACUGGGUCGUCAAUCAGGGGAUCGUCAAAAACUAUUUUAACAUGCCGACAGAAGCAAAUUUGGAUCGCUCCUUCUUGCAGCGAUAUCUGCAAGCCUACCUGGCCUGCAUCAGUUAUAUCGAUGCUUGCUUUGGUCGUGUUGUCCAUGCUUUGGAAGAAUCUGGUCAGGCUGAGAACACCAUCAUCCUGUUCAUGGGGGACCAUGGCUAUCAAAUGG